GUGAACCCGUCCUCCGCUUGGGAAAAAUAAAAAGAAAUAAAAUUUUUUUUUUGUUUGUUUAAAACCUUUUUCUACUUGAAUAUACAAUAUGCCUAAAGAGUUGACACCCAAGAAAAACAAGAAGGUUCCUGCUGAACCUUUUGUUAUUCCACCUGUUCCCACAAAGCCUCAACAAUGCCAUUUCUAUGUUUUACGCAAAAGAAGAUAUUGUGGCUUACCUGCAGGAAAAACACAGAAAUAUUGCGGUGAACAUUUAACCGCUCACCCAGACAAUGAAGUUGCUGAUACUCGCAAACGUAUCCCGUGUCCUUAUGAUAAUUCUCAUACAAUUUUUGAAAAGGACCUGGAAACACAUUUAAAAUCACGUUGUAAUGCUCGUCCAAGAGAAUUACCUGCUUGUCAUUCACUUAACGUCAACUGUACAUUACCUUUAUCUCUGGAAGAAUUAGAGUUUCAAAAGAACAUUUACUCGCAUCAAGCCAUGUUUGUUCAACCAUGGCUUGCUCGUGUGCAAUUGAGUGAACUGGCCAAACAAGAUUUGGACUCUAUUAUUCAAAAAGUCUCUGCAGCUUAUGAUGCACACUUAAAACCCAUUGAGACACACGUAUUAACCCAUCCAAGCGCAGAGAAAAAGAGACCUUCCAUCAAAAAUGUCAAACAUUUAGAUCAGUUAUCUUCAUUGAUUGGCCACUUGGAAUUAAACAACAUGUUAAAUGAUAAAUCAGCCUGUUUUGUGGAGUUUGGAGCUGGUAAGGGAGAUUUCUCUGCUUAUGUGAAGAAGGCACUUGCAGAAGAAAAUGGCGAGGCCACCUACUUAUUAUUGGAUCGUAAAACUGUGCGUAAUAAAGCAGAUAUGGCCUUACAGGGCCAAACCGAACACAAAUCCACUGUUCAACGUGUUCAGAUCGAUAUCAAGGAUUUGGAUCUUUCUAAGGUCGAAUGUGUCGACGAUGGUAAAAAGAUGGUGGCGAUAUCCAAGCAUUUAUGUGGUUGUGCCACAGAUAUUUCCUUGGUGAGUUUAAUGCAUUAUGUUCAAUACCUAAAAGCGAUCGGUCAUAUGAACCAAGUUUCUGGUAUUGUUAUCGCACUUUGCUGCCAUCAAUUGUGCCGAUAUGAAAUGUAUCCUAAUAUAGAGUAUUUGGAUUCAAUUCAAAUGUCCAAGGUAGAAUUUGAGAGAAUGAGCAAAAUGAGUAGUUGGGCUACUUGUAGUGAAACGAAGGAAGUUCCUGAGGAAGGAGCUGAAGAAGAUGAAGACCAUGCGACUGAAGUAGACGAAGAAAAUGCCGAUAAGACAUCAAACCAUUUCUCUGGUCUGGAUUAUAAGGAACGUGAGGCGAUUGGAUACAAGUGUAAACGUGUGAUUGACGCUGGCCGUGUUCAGUACUUGGAAAAGUUUGGUUUUGAUGUAAAAAUGGUGUAUUAUGUAAAUUCCGCCACAAGUCUAGAAAAUUGUGCUUUAAUUGCUACACCCAAAUCUACUGCAUAGUAAUAAAGAGAACCCCUUCCUUCGAUUGGGGGUGAGUAAUUAAAAUAUCUUCAAGUUUUCGAUCACUUUCUCUUGUAUAUCAUUUGAGGUUAUUGAAAAAAAAACCUGUCCGUAUCUAGUUAUGCGCCGGGACUUUUAUUUUAUUUUUAUCACACUGGUUAAAAUGUUGUCAUGAAU